AUGAAUGACAUCUACAAGGAGCUUCUUGAGGAUGGAGGUGAACACUCCAAAGUUUCCGGUUCUCUUGUGAUAGCUAGAGAUAUACUUGCAAUGCAAGUGUCUUCAGUUGCUUCAGAAUCAGCCUUUAGUACUUCAGGAAGAGUUUUAGAACCGAGUAGGAGCUGCUUGACUCAUUACACAAUUGAAGUUUUGAUGUGUCUUGAGCAAUGGAUGAAAUGUGAGUUUAGAAUGAAUGACAAAGUGGUCAAGAAGGAACAGCUGUUAGCAGAGCUAGAGGUUCAAGAUAAUCUCAUGCGAGAGUUUGAACCAGCAUUCACCUUUAAAGCACCUUGA